UGGUGUCAAAAGAUAAAAAGGAUAAUGGUGUGUUUCAAAAAAAAAAAGAUAAAAAGGAUAAUGGUAAAGGAUACUGUAUCGUAAAUUCAGUACUGGGUUUACUAAUCAAACCAAAUGUGUAUAAAACUACUAAUACAGUUGUUAUUAGAGGUAAUAUAGCUCACACAUGCAUAUCUCUGGUUUAUUAGUUAUGAAACCCCAAAAAUGGGAAAAAACGGAAUAUUCUUAUAUAUAAAUUCUAUAUAGUAAAUUUAGGCCCUUCACACGUGCAAAUUACUCCAUACUUGUGUCUAUAUAUACAUAUAUACAACUUCACACACAAACCCCUCAAUACCUCUGUCUCUCUCUCCACUUACAAGAAGAAGGUGAGUUUCAAUUCAACAUUCUCCAACUUUUUUUGUUUUGGAUAUAACCUUCUUCAAUUUUCUAGGGCUAGACCAACUAAACGCCUUUCUUUAGAAUUCAAGAAAAAUAAAUCACACCACUUAUUAAUGUUUCUUGAUCCUGGGUUUAGAAAUGUCAGAUCAUGUAUAUGAAUAAACCAAGAUCUAUUGGUUUACUUACGUUUUUUUUUAACUUAAAUACAAUUUUUUGUCUAUUCCAGAUUUUGAUUCACUGAUAAGAAGAUAAUAUGUUCUCCACAAGAUGGUUUUCUGAGCAGGAAUUAGAAGAAAAUAGCAUCAUUCAACAAUACCAGAUGAACUCAAGAGUGGGAGAGAUCCAUGAAGCUCAACACAAUCUUCCACACUCUUUCUCAACUCUUAUGGCCCCCACUAAUGAUCCUUCUUACGAUGAUUUGAUCGAAAUAAAACCAUCAAAGAUCCUCAAGACAACUUACAUAUCACCAAAACUGCCACCACCACCCUCUUUUCCUCUUCCUCCUAACUCAAAAACUUAUCUUCAUCAUCAGCCUUCCUCAAGAAUUCUCUCCUUCGAGAAUGCCUCUCCAAAUGGUAUGGAUCAUGAGUACGCUCCCACCUAUCUAGACUCAUUCAUUAACCCCAAAGUUGAGGAUGGAGUGCCGCCAAACCGGAUGAAUGAGCCGAUUAAUCGAAAAGGGACAAAGAGGGCUCAACCUUUGUGUAGAAACCAAACUAACGCGCAAGACCACAUAAUCGCCGAAAGAAAACGUAGAGAGAAACUUACUCAACGAUUUGUAGCUCUUUCUGCUCUAGUUCCUGGCCUUAAAAAGAUGGACAAGGCUUCUGUGUUGGGAGAUGCACUAAAGCAUAUAAAGUAUCUCCAAGAAAGAGUGGGAGAGUUUGAGGAACAAAAAAGAGAAAGAAGAUUAGAAUCAGUGGUUCUUGUGAAGAAGUCUAAGUUGAUUUUGGACGAUAAUAAUCAAUCAUCUUCGUCUUCGUGUUGUGAAGACGGCUCCUCGGGCUUAGAACUUCCCGAGAUCGAAGUAAAGUUCUCGGAUAAAGAUGUUCUAAUCAAGAUCCUUUGCGAGAAGCAAAAGGGCCAUGUUGCGAAGAUUAUGGCCGAGAUUGAGAAAUUUAAUUUCUCAAUAACCAACUCAAGUGUUUUGCCCUUUGGACCAACACUUGAUAUCACCAUUAUAGCUAAGAAGGAGAGUGAUUUCGACAUGACACUCAUGGAUGUUGUAAAGAGCUUAAGGUCCGCUUUAUCGAAGUUCUUGUGAUUUGUUUCAAAUUUCAUGCUAAAACGUUGAUUUCUUUGGGAGACUUAUUUUACAUAUCGAAAAAAUCGUAAGUGACUUUUGCCAUGAGAAAGUUGUUUGUAUUGAUAAGUGAUUUGGAAAGUUGAAGAAUCAUUUCUCUCAUACGUAUUGUUAUCUGAAUUUAUAAAGAUGUAAAGCACUUUCAUUUGUCUAAUUCAGUGUGAGACAAUGUUGAUUUUUCUUUUGACAUCUAUCUUUCAUGUUAUAUAUGUUUCCUCUUGUGUAUUGUAUGUUUUUUUAAUGUUAUAACAAAUUACUUACGCUUGUGUUAAUAUUUUGUGAUGUAUCAGCGGUCUUAAAACUUUUGUAAAAUUUACUAAACUCUUCCCAUAUUAAUAUGAAAUUCACAUUUUGGAAAAAAAAAGAAACAUACAGUACAUAUUAUCAUAAUUUUUUAUUAUUAUCUGUAAUAUUUACAUUUUUCUUCUAUAAAUUUUUAGGGGAAAUGAUCUUCUUCUUUUUUUUUUUUUCUUUAUGAAGCUAUAAGUAUAACCCACGCGGCAAGAUAAUAAUAUGUUUUUGUUCAGUCAAUUUUGAUGGAUAAAGACUAAAGUAGCUAUCAUUCAUUUUUUUUUGCAGAAUGCUCUGUGUAUUUUAUUUGAUAAAAUAUAAAAUAAAAUAAGAAAUAGGGCGAAGAAUAAAAUAAAAUAAAAUAAAAUAGAACAAUCACUUAAAAAUCAUUAAGCUUCAAGAUUAAUUCAAGAUCAUCAGGCCGAUGGAAGAAUUAAUACAUAUCCACUCCUUCAAAAUAUAAUAAUAAUAUUGGUAUAUGUUCCGAGGUAAUAUUAUAUAGUAAAUGUGAUUAAUUAAUUUAUGAUUAAUUCUCUUAAAUAGUCUUUAUUAAAUUUUUAUCAUCAAAAUAGUUUUCAGAAAAGAAAAUGACCAAAUAGUCAUUUUUAUUUUGAAAUUUUUAAUUUUUAUUUUUAAUUUUUUAAAUUUGAAACUUUUCUACUUAACUCCAAACCCUAAAUUUAAAUUAUUAACUUUUAGUAUAUAAGUGUAUAUUUUUUAUUUCAUAAAACCAUUUUUCGUCAUUUUCCUUUUUAAGAGUUUUUUUGUGUAAAUAAAUUAAAAAUAGUUAUUUUAGUGAAUUUUUAAAUUUAUUUUAAUAAUAAAAAAUAAAAAUGAUAAAGAAUAUACAUAUCAAUAACGAAUCUUUAUUAUUUAUUUUAUUUAAAAUUAUAGUAGUUAAUUAUAUGAUUUUAUUUAAAUGAAUAAAUAUUAACAUCUAAUCAUUGUAGAUAAUAGUAUUAUAUUUAUAAAAAAAAUUAAUAUGUACGAGAUACUUUCUCAACUGGAUAAUGUAGUCAAGAAAUGCGUGCUAUAGGACGACCAAGUCUUUUCUUCCGUGUUAGGACAAGAAGAUAAGAGGAUGCCACUAACAAAUUGGGCAAAGAUCAUGGAUUAGGAAUGUGGAUAACCUCUCUUUAUUUCAGUUAUAGUUAUUAAAUAUCUUUAUAUAUCUGUUAUAUAAAAAACGUUUUAAAUAUGUAACUCCAAAACAAUAAGUAAUAGUUUAGUAGUCUAUGGUGUAUAAGCGAGUUUUCUUUUGAUUUUAAAGUGAAAAACCUAAACUUAUUAAUAAGUAUAAAUUAUCAGAAAUUAUUUGUUUGUGUCGUUCAGAAACAUAAAUACAAUUGGUCAAAUUUGAUAUUUGUGUGUUUUAAGUAUUGUAUUGUUAUUUUCGUUUCUUAUCGUUUGUCACCGUAAGAAUUAUAUUUACGUUUGAUUCAUCUAAUAUGCUUACUGUUAUCAUCUGAAAAGUGAAAACUACAUCCAAGUGGAACUGAACUGUAGAUGUGUAUACAUUUGUCCCAAUAUAUAUUAUGAUCUAGUGAAGAUUUAGGUGAAUCUAGCUAACCCGAUAGAUGUAUACAGCAGAAAGUACACUACUUUAUAGUUAAAAGAAGAUACUGACAUGCUGGACAUAAUAAAUCUACUGUCAAAUCUAUUAGGAACUAUGCUCAAAAUUACUAAUAAAUAAUGUUUAGUUAUGAUGUUUGUUUUUCUGUUAUUUUCUUAUUAUUCUUAUAAUUAUUGCUACUGUGGCUAUUAUCAUUAUUGACUUUCUUUUUAGAAAAAUAACAAUUUAACUAUAACUAUUAUUAGAGAUAUAUUAUCCAAAAAUAUUUAACCGUAUCAUCUCCAUUUUUGCAAUAAUACCGUAAAUUAGUGUGUUAAACAAUUUAGAGCUAUUUGUGGAUUGCUUGAGCAGGGUCAAGGACAUUGCGACUCUUCAUACAUACAUAAGUGUUACGAACAAAUGCUAAUCAGACUAAAAGAAAGCAAAGAACAAACAAAAUGUUUUGAAGCAAAUACCUAUUUAGAGUUUAUAUAUUAUUAUAUGAAUGAAUAAUUUUAUAAUAUUUUAGAUUCAUAUUUAUAUCAAUCUCAAAACUUUUCUUUUCAAUAAUACAUAUUUAUCCUAAAAGUGAUUUUUCUAAUCCUAAAAAAUACAUCAAGGGCUUUCAGUCCCCACUCCCCUAAAUGUCAACUUUGAUAACAAGUCUAUCUUCUUUACACAUAUGAAUGAUGUGAUUUUAUUGAUGCACAUAAAUGUAAGACAGUUUUAGAUAUAACAAGAAUAACAUAUAAAACAUAAUGCAUGAUCUAUGUUUAUUGAAAAAUUAUAUGUAGUUAUUAGAAUUUAUAUAGCUAUGUUACUUAAGGCACCUUUAACCCUGGUUUUUAAGGGGUUCUUAAGGGGUGUGGGUCCCACAAAAAACUAAAACCCACCCCUUCCUCUUUUUUCUGCAAGAGGAAGUUUCGUAAAGUUCUUGUAAUAUUUGCGGGUUUCACUGACACGUGGUGAUCCGCGAUUGGUUAGUUUUUAAUAUAUUUUUUUUGUUUUUUAAAUCAGAUAAAAAAGAAAAAAAAAAUAUCUAAUGGACUCUUAGGAUUAAAAAUGCUCUUAUUAGAAUUUAAUAUAACUGGAUAGAAUUUUUUUUUUUUUUUUUUGAGAAAGGACUUGGAAUUUUAUAUAGUUACUAGAAUUCUAUGGAGUAAAAUAUAAUUCUAUAAGUUUUACAAAAUAGAAGCAAGAAAUUAAGUUUUCGUUAGAAGGAAAUUAUGUUUAGAAGAAUUUUACAUGACUCUUUCAAGUUUACAAUUCAUAAUCUUAAGUUGUUGACUCCAUCCUUCACGUGUUUCAUGGAAUCUGGGUUGCUGUCUAAACCCAUUGUUCAUCCUUCACGUGACAACUCACCUAUCUUUUUUUCUGUCGUCAGUUGUGAUAACUCUCUGUUUCUCUCUCUGCCUUUUGAUAUUAAAACAACUAAUUUGAUUUAAGUGAAAUAGAAUAGACAAAUAAAAAAGGAAAAUUCCUUAAGAACCGGGUUACCAAAUACAUAUUAAAUUGAAUCUAAAACGUGGGAUAUCACUAUUUUAGUAUAUUCUUGUUUGCAGGCUCGAUGAUGUCAAAUUAAGGUGAAACCAAUAAUACAUCUGCCGAGUUCGGAUAUUCCGUUGUUGGUCCAGACAACUCAAUGGUGGUAAUAUAUAACCCAAAAAUGGAAAAGAGUGGUUCAACUCAAUGACGAAGUAAUCUUACCAAUACUUAAUUAAGAUGUAAAAAUUAUAAUUAUAUGAUGAUAAAAUAUAAUUAAGCAAGAACAUGACGCACCGUCGAGAUUUGUCCUUAUUGUUAUAUGGUUCUUUGGACGGCAUAUCCUAUCCAGAUCGCACUACCAAUCCGUAACCAUUACAUCACUUUAACCAACAAUAUAUAUAUAUAUAUAUAUAUAUAUAUAUAUUAAAGUUAUGGUCUAGUAGUGUUUGUCUUUGUCGAUCUAAGACUAGCUAGAGAAAUAACAUUUCAACUGAACUUGAAAUGGCAGCCAUUACAAAAAUAUUUUCAAACUAAAUUAAAUGUUAUCGUACCAGGUAUGGUCUAACAAUGUUGUUCAGAGUAUUUACCUAUUGCAUAUGGUAUUAAUGGGUGCAAAGGUAGAGGAUAUUAAAGAACGGUAUAAUAUUUGAAGUAAUGAGUUUGUUUGGGUUGAUCAAUUCUCUAAUACCUUAACGCCUUUUCUUAUUUCCUCUCCCUGAAUCUGUGCUGACCACAACUCUAUAACUCAAGAAAUAUUUAUGUCCUUAGUUAGGCGUGAAGCGAUAGAAUGAUUGUUCUAAAUGUAGGUAUCACAUAGGGAAAAUACGAUAAAAUUUCGUAUCGUAAAUUGUAUGGACUCCAUAAAGUGGAGGUAUAUUUGAUAUCAAAUCAUUUAUGUUGUUUCUUUUUUUUCGUAAUGAGUUUAAUAAGAAGCUGUUUAUUACACAUGUUAAGUAGUAACAGACAGGCGACAUUUCAAAAAAAAAAAAAAUUACAGUUUC